GAACAUAUGGCGUUGGUCACAAUGUUCCUAUUAGUUUGAAAAGCUUCCUCCGGUACGGACCAGAAGUCUCACGGCAACGACUUCUGUCACAACCAGCAUUAUCCUCAAGGCAUGGUAGUAAAGAAGAAAAGAUCAACCUUCCUUCUGUGAAUGCGUUUCAAUUUCUCCUUUGUCGGUUGUUCUUCUGGAUAAAAUGAAUUUCUUCCGAAACCGCCUUGUUGUUUUGGGCCUGGUGUUGUUGGCCACGUUGCUGCUGUACCUUCUGCUGCCGGCCAUUCGGCAGGGCAGCAUGGAGCCAUCACUGGAAGCUCAAAGAAUGGGGAUUCUGGCCACAGCACCCCCAGCACUUCCAGCCAUCAAUGUUUCCAUUCGCACCGGACACCUGCCAGGGGACCCUCCCCUGUUCUUCCGAGAGGCUUUACCUACAGAUGGAGCAGGGAGGCAGAUAUUGCCAAGGCUGCAGGUUGUCCUUCUGCACGGCCAGGCCUUCAGCUCCAAAACCUGGGAAGAGCUGGGGACCAUGGCUCUGCUGGCAACUAAUGGAUAUCAGGCCUUAGCAAUGGACCUGCCAGGGUAUGGAAAAUCCCCGGACUCAGACGCUCUGAAAACUGACCAGAAUCGGGUAGACCUCCUGUCAAGGUUCAUGGAGUCUUUGGGUGUCAGAGCAGCUGUGCUUUUGAGCCCCUCGAUGAGCGGACAUUACUCCAUUCCCUUCCUCAUGAGUAACAGUGCCCAGCUGCGCGGCUUUGUACCUAUAGCACCAGUUGGCACGCGGAGCUACUCUCAAGAACAAUACCAAAAAAUUCAGACUCCCACUCUGAUUGUGUUCGGAGCCCUGGACACUAAUCUAGGUGCACAGUCCCACAAAAACCUCUUACAGCUUCCUAAUCACUAUGUCCUAAAGUUGGAAGGCGCUCGCCAUGCUUGUUACAAGGAAAAACCGCGUGAAUUUCACCAGGGAUUGAUUGAGUUCCUCAGCAAACUGAAGUGAGACACCUAAAUCAAAAAGACAAGCAAUACGUAGAAGUAAGAGGAGAAUUUGUCCUGUGGUCAGUGUUAUUCUCAUUUCAUUACCACCCCAAGAUCCUGGUGAUGGGCGUGGGUUCGGAGGAUAACACGUAACAGUUAAUGUUACUGUAAUGAAUGUACAGAGUUUGAAGUUAAUAGUUUUACCUGAAAAUACCAGACUAGCUGCACACAGCUUGUUGUUAUUUCUUUAAAAAAAAAGAGAAAAAUUCAUUUUGUUGUCUUUGUUUCAUGUCCCUUGUUGCAUGUCGAGAAAAAAAGAACAUGUUUGUAUCUUUGUUUUUUGUUUUUCAGCUGACAUGUAGGUAGAUGUCCAAAUGCAUAUGUAACUGUUGCUUGCGUGAAUUUUUUUUUGCUAGUCAUUCCUGUCACAAAGAAGUGGACAUAAAAAUCUGGCAACUAACUCUGCUUCCAACUAACAUGAGCCGUGUUUGGAUAAAGCAAGCCGAAUCAACUCGAGCUACAAUAAAAGACGUAUAAGUGAUGAAAGUGAUUACAAACUGUAUUUAUAGAGUGUUGAUAAGCUAUAUUUAAGUGAUCUGCAAUAAGUGUGGACAGUCGCACAAACACACACAUAAUAAUGUUUUGGGGGUUUUUUUAGAAAAAAAAAAUGCUGACAAAUCCAGGCUGAACCAUAGUUUUAGUUUGUUUUUUCUAAAUUUCAAAGUGUAGCAAUGAUCAACUUUCUUUUGUCAAAAAAUCUUCUAAAAUACGUUGCUGCCAAGCGCACUAUUAAGCAAACUAAAAUUAAAUUGUUUGUCUUUCCACGCACAUGGAAAAGUUAUUUUUAAACAAUAUUGUAAUGCUCAGACUCACAGUUAUGUUUGGUACUAAAUGUGAAUUUUACUUUAAUGUUUUUGGCAGAGUUUUGAAAGCAGGAGUGCCUCUGUGCUAAUGAGGUAAUACAGGUUCAUGAGUGUUGGCCUUCUCGCUGUGGUUGUUGAUCAACAGCUGGCUGAAGUGGGAGCGAGUACUCCUGCACAAGUGAUGUUUGCUGUUAAAAUGAAGUUGCACUUUUAUAAUUUACCCGUUUUGAUAUUUAUGUUUGCUUCUCUGGAUUAAAUAAAAUAAAUGUUGAUAAAUUAAAAGAGUAAAGAAACCAAGAGUUGUGGGCUUUGUUGUCAGUAUCAUUUACAGUAA